UUUUUUCCAACCCGGCUGCUGGGUAUAAAGAGAGGCUUAACUGCCAGUCAGCUGAAGAAAUUUGUGUUUUUCUUCCCGGUGUGUGGUGUGCUGCCUGAGAAGACUUGAUUUAACCAACCUGCACGCCAAGAAAGCUUUACCUCAGGUUUUCAGAUCACCAAAAAGCGCCAAGCAGCUCUGCCUUAAAGAUCCACCCCACCGGCCUGCGCUACACUGUAACCUACAGCCUUCAAAAAUGAUGCAGAUCAGCAGCGACUCUGUCGGCAACAAGCACUCCCUCAUUAACGUCAUGCACCGCUUCAUAGCGGCCACCAACAACAUGGACGAGACAAUCAUGGUGCCGAGUCUGCUGCGAGACAUGCCGCUGGACGAGCAUCAGGCCAACAACAACGAACCGCCGUGCAGCGACAAGCAGAGGGACAUGUACGAGCACUACCUGCUCCUCAAGUCCAUAAAAAACGACAUGGAGUGGGGUCUGCUGAAGAGGGAGGUGAGCAGCGGUGCCAGCUUCCUGGAGAUGGCGGUGAAGCGGGAAGAGCAGCAGCAGAACGGAGACAUGCACAUGGAUGACAACUCUGACCUGGAGCAUCAGUUUCAUUAUCACCUCAGAGGACUAUUUGGCGUGCUGUCCAAGCUGACCAUGCAGGCAGAUCACCUCACCAACCGGUACAAGAGGGAAAUCGGAGGAGGAAACUUCAUGAGAUAGAAGUCGCUGCAUGCCCCCCCCCCCCCCCCUCUCAAAAUGACUUGAAACAAUGAGAUGAUUUGUGAAGGGGCCCGAUCUCUUCCAAGACUCUCAGAUGGACUAAACUGACCAGGGCAACCACUCCUGACCUCUCCUGCUCCUGAAAAACACCCAAACGUCAAUCCUGCUUCCCCACCACUCAUGAAACCAGUGAUCCCUGCACAUGUCUGACUGCCUCUCUGCAGAGGCUGACACAUUAGUGCUUGGUGGAGGUUUACUUAAUCAAGUCCUGAUGAAGCACAGCUCUGGUUUAGGCAGAACCUUGCCCUUACAUUAUCUACAUUUAAAUUAAUUUCAAAUUGUGAAUAAAGUUUCAGCCCAUAGGAGAUAUUGAAUGCUGGUUAUUCUGUCCCUCCUUUAAAAAAAAAAAAAACUUAUUUUAUUUAAAGCUGAGCUGAAGGGCUCCUGCCUGCAGUGGUGUUAAAGCUUUCCAUUCAAUACAUAACAUGGUGUGCCUUGACCUUUUUGUACCAUACCCUGUUCAAUUCCCUCCCUAUUGUGACUGUAAGUUGUUAUAUGGCUCAAAUGUAUGUUGGUGGAUAUUUCAUUUUAAAAGCCAAUUUUAUAUUGAUGCAGUAAAACUGAAAUAAACAUGAAUCUAA